AUGGUCGACCGCGAGAGCUCGGACUCUGAGUCGGACUCGGACUCAGACUCAACCGAGAAUGAGCAAGAAAAUGGAUGUGACUCACCGCCCAUCGGACAAGCCCUGCCAUCCCCUGAACCCGAAGAACCCCAUACACCACCUCGAGCAGAGCAAGCACGAUCUUCAGACGACCUAUGGGAAUCCUUUGAGGCGGCUGUGGCGUCGCAAGCCGAAGACGAUGCUGGACGAACCGAUCAAGACAGAUUGCUGUCUGCAGGGUUGGUCGAGACGCUCACAGAGCUGCGUACAGUGGUCGAGGAACACGAGAGAGACGACGCAGCUGAAGGCGAUGCACAGACAAAAGGGCGUGUUGUGAUCGGGCUUCUCAAACGCCUGUCGGACGCGUGUAAACGCGCUGCACGUGCGAACGCGUCUACGCGGGUCCUUGCCUUUGUGUACGACAACAUCAACAUGCUAUUUCGCAUUGCAGAGGCCCGAAUGGGAUCCACCGGCAAGGACGCCCAGCAGAACGGGACCUGUGCAACCGCGUUUGCUCUGUACGAUGCCGACCCAGAGGACAUGCUCACCUCCGACUACAUGUCUUCCCUCGCUCAUGCUCCGCCUCUCACCCUUCGCGAUAUCCUCCUCACACCGACUGAGAAUACUGUGUUCACAGAGCUCAUGCAACAGACAGUUCUCUCCAUCGUUAUCAACUAUGGUGGCCCUGCCUUCGCGCGAUUCAAAAGUGCUGCCGACCCCUCCUCUGUGAAGACUGCAGUGGACUGCAAGAUCCCAGUCCAUACGACCGACGUCUUUCCGCUCCCGACUAUGGAGAUCGACGAGUCUACCAUCGUAGGAAACGCGGAGGUGACCAAGUCAAUGUUCUCAGCUGUUGGGCUCGAUAUGGCGUCAGAUACGUUCACCCGCACGGUGAAGCUCAUUGCGGGUGAUCAGCUCUCGAUCGCACGCAUCCGCUCGCUCACUAGGAACCGCGCUGGUCAUGAUAGCUUCGCAAAUUCCUACCUCUGGGCAGUUGUCAUGCCCGGCAUCUUCCAUUACAAGAUGGCCGCGACCCACGGAUUCAUGGAGCUACAUUACGGCCGUAACACCAGCCCCGGCAACCCUGGCUCUCUGGCAUUCCACAACAACCUCCUCGAUCGCAAACCCAUUGUCCUCACCUCCCUUCCCUCAUUCCGAGAAUCCCGCGACCUAAUCUUUGUCUCGCUCUAUGCGCGUGUGUUGCGCUGUCUAGAGCUCGUCAGCGGCUCCGAGGAUCUCACCGAUUAUGCUCAAAACACGACCCUCGAGCGGCUCCAGGAGCACUGCGCCGAGAUCGUGCGCCGCUUCACGGACGGGAAGUAUGUUGAUCGCUUGCGCACUGCUUGUAAUGCGGAGAAGAGGGAAUAUGUGGGGACUCGGACGGCGGCAGAGGGUCAGUCUGACAAUAAGGAUAUCGAGCCUGAUGGUGAGCCAGACGACGUCCUUGAGCUACUGUGCCACGAACUGAUACCGAAAGCCUCCACAUCAGCAUUGGCCACGACAUCAGCUACGACAAAUGCGUCUACGACAAAUGCGUCCGCGACGUCUACGACCGCACGUGCAAAUCGUCCCGAAAAUGAAGAGCCCCACCCGCACAAACCGACCCAAGGAGACAUCGUCCUGGAGAACGCAAUUCUCUUCCUGCGCGACGCCCUCAUUAUGAGGCUCCUCACUGACACCGUGAAAUGCGGAGACUCUGGACGCCUCGUCCUCGUGCUCAAGGUCCUUGCACUGUACUACCGAGGUUGCGGACGUAACAAGUAUGCACUGGAGGUCCUUUUCCUCAUUCACAAUCUCGAACAUGUCUGGCCCGAACCGUUACGGAAAAUCAUCUUGAACAACUGGCUCGUGAAUCCGACUGGAAAGGCGAACGCGUGGGUCGAAGUCGACCUCCUUCAGGAGCACUUCAAUUUUCUGGAUCAAGGUACGUACCUCUCAUAUCAUAGUUGUGCCAGUGCUCUCCUCACAGUUAAGCAGACUAUCUACAAAGCACACGGUAGCAACGCGUCUUGGGACUGGUUGGCCAUGAUAUCCCCUUGCAUCGACAUCCUCCGCCGUCUCGCAAGCCAGAUGCAUACCCUCCUCGGCGCCAAGCAGGGCACAAGUCACACGAGCCCGAGUCUCGACAAGGACAUAAGUCAGCUCGUGGCCUCGCUGCGCCGGUUUUGCGUGUACGAGCUGCAACCAGGCCGCGAAGUCGACGACGGCACAGAUGACUCAGGUCAGGUGGCUGAUUCGUUGACUCAGGGACUGCAACGGCUCUCGGAGCCCCUCGACGACUUCAACAGGACAUUCAGAAAGCUGCAGUCUCGCUGCAAGGCUGCCCCCUUGCUCGGUGCGAGGUAUUCCGACUUUGGCGGCGGCGAGAGUCGUGAGACAGUCGAUCCUCAGAACUCGCCGGCAUCGCUCGAGAUCAUGGCCCGCGAAGUUGCUGCUCCCGCCGACGGGGCACCGGAUCCUGAUGAUUCGGGCUCGGACGACGAAGACUUCGUGAAUGAAGACGAACCGGAAGACCUGGAGCCCCAAGCUUUCAUGUCUCUCGAGACGGCGGGCGAUGUAGCACUCGACAUGGACAUUCAAGAGGACUUUGUACUCGACUUCUAAACUCACCAUAUCAUAUAUACUUUUCCAUUCAGAGCACCCGUCACGGUCCGAUCCUGCCUUGAGUCUAACCAGAAAGGUGGUGCAGGUGUGUAGGUAUCCCCCAGACUUGUGUACGAGUCGCGUCGGGCGCUUACCA